AUGCAGCCCUUCUCAAAUAAUGAAUAUGGUGGGAAUGAAUAUGGAAAUUAUGGGCAACAGCAGCAGAACAUUCCUAUGCAGUCAGCUGGGGUAGCAAGACCAAUGGUUGACCCUGAGGCGAUGGGAGAAGUUGAUCCUACGCUCUAUCCCCAAGCCAAGGAGUCAACGCACAAAAUUCGAGGAAAGUCGGAUAUUCUGGAAAUGCUGUGCGGUUCAGUCGAUCAAGAACUGCUCCCAGUAAAAACGUUCUAUUUCUUCUUCUACGCCGCUUUCGGAUCCUUGUUCCCACUGAUGGGAGUGUACUUCAAACAAAUGGGCAUGAAUCCUGGGCAAUGCGGCCUACUGAUCGGGACCAGACCGUUUGUAGAAUUUUUGUCCGCUCCAUUCUGGGGAAGCUAUGCUGAUCGGUGCAAAAAAGGAAAAAUGUUGCUACUGGCUUCGUUAUCUGCGUGGAUACUUUUUACCCUACCACUUGGCUUCAUCCAACCCCCAGCUACCAGUUGUAUUGAGAGAAAAAAUGCUACUGACUUUGAGCUAAGAACACCGCAAGUCCCUCGAAUUCUGAAACGUUCUAUUGAUGAAAGCAUGCUUGAGGAAGUAUCAUUCGGAAAGUACACAGAACCAGAUGCUCAUUUUUCCAGAGUUGAACGCGCGGCUCGACCAUUUGCGGCAGCUGGCCAAUCUCCCUUAGGCGUUAGUUAUGCCAACAACUUCAACGAACGUUUACAUGGUGACUGGGUAUCUCCACUCUUUUCAUCUAUUGUGUACAGAACUGCGGAUAUUCAAAAAGCAUUCUUUUUGCUACUGCUGCUUGUUGUGAUUGGAGAAUUCUUCAGCGCUCCCGCGAUUACAUUGGCCGAUUCAGCUGUCAUCACUAUUCUCGGCGAAGAUGCUGAUCGUUACGGUCACCAGCGUAUGUUUGGUUCCCUUGGCUGGGGUUUGGCAAUGUUUUUCGUGGGUAUAGCCUUAGAUCAUUCGACAGCGUUUCCGGACCAUCCCUGUGGGCCGGAAAAACAAGAGAAAAACUACUCGAUAUGCUUUGCAACAUUUUCCGUGCUGAUGGGUGCAGCACUUAUUUCCGCUACACAAAUUACGUUCAAAUACGACUUUUCGGAACCUCCAGAGCCUCAAGUCAUCAAAAUUGCUCAGGAACCUACAGAGGAAGAAAGAAUGCAGAACCAAUUAGCGGAACAAUUACAGCUUCCUGCGUUAGCUGCCAGCGGUGGAGGUAUGUCUAGUGCUGCUCCUCCUCCUCAGGCACUAGGUGCACAAACUAAGAUCUUCGCGCAGACGACACGUGAAAUGCCUGAAUGGGUUACGGUGUUAAAACAGUUCAAGGAUUUAAAAUGCGCAUCAUUCCUAUUUGUGGCAUGGUUCAUGGGAUUCGGUAUUGGACUGAUUUUCACAUUUCUCUUCUGGCAUCUCCAGGAUUACGGUGGAUCACCAACGUUAUUUGGCGUCGCUUCAGUCAUCAAUCAUAUUUCGGAAAUUUUCGCCUACUUUUUCAGCUUCCGCUUGAUCACUCAGAUCGGUCAUGUUAAGGUACUUUGUCUAGGCCUUGUAGGAAAUAUACUGCGUUUUCUAUACAUUUCAUACCUAAAAAAUCCAUGGUGGGUCCUUCCAUUCGAGUUUAUGCAAGGAAUUACACACGCUGCCGUUUGGGCUGCUUGUUGCUCAUAUAUCGCUCACAAUACUCCUCAGCAUUUAAGAUCAUCAGCUCAGGGUGUCCUCCAAGGGCUACAUCACGGUCUUGGCCGAGGCUGUGGUGCCGUGAUUGGUGGUAUGUUUGUCAACUACUUUGGAACCACCGCGACCUUCCGAGGUUAUGGUGUCAUUUGCAUAUUGGUACUAGCAGGAUUCGUGUUUAUCAAUUUCUACCGGAAAGAGCAAGGUUUUAUAUCCGAAAUUCCUGCCACAGAAGAUCCACAUCAGGUUGCGGAAGAGACAGCACAUCUUGCUCCUCAUGGCGUUCCAAGCAAUCCUAUUCCAAGGGCCCUAUCCAGUACACGUCUAAAUGAAAUUGGUAAUCAAAAUGCCGACAACGGUUACGGCACUUACCAAACUACUGGAGGGGCUCUUGAUGUACCCGGCGGUGUGCCGCAUAACCCUUUCGCCGCCCCUCAAAAUAAUACCUUUGGUGGUAACCAAUACUAA